CUGAAGAGUGUGUUGCUUCCUACUUCAAAGUCCCAAGUCAGCCCUGAGGCAUUCUGAGACUCACCUGAGCUAAAUGACGUCGGGAUACUAUGCUUGUCCCUGGCACGACUGCCGGCUAUUCUUUGACGACACUGUGCAGCUCUCGGACCAUCUUGACAGUCACCUCAGAACGCACAAGCCUGUAAAGCGACGGGACCUUCCUCAAUGGAGAAUGACUUAUAUGGGUGGUUCUACUCCAUCUUUUGACACUUACUUAAACAUCUCAACACAAACACUAACCUCAACUCCACAAUCAAGCGUAGCGGUAUCGACUCGCAUAGAAAUUUCACCCGAUACAGCCACAGCAGGAAAUGACGGUAACGAUGCGUCUGCGCGUCCCAUGACACCAAUUAGCCAGCCACCUGAAGAACCAUUUUCUUCCGAAAGACUUGUGUCAGGCGUGCAGGAACCGGUAGUCUUUCUCCCUGAAAGCUCGGUAUCGCACCCACCCCCACCUCAAUCAACAGAGGGCUUGAGAUCCCCGGUCUCAAUAGCCUGCGAUUCCGAGAGAAAUGGGUCAUCCAAAAAGGCCCGCUUUGUUGUCCUCAGUGAAGCGAGUGACGCCAGCCCCGUAGGCUUUGACCCUGGCCCCUUGGAGAGCCCGUCACCAGGAACCCUUUUCCGAGGCAUACUACCCUCUUCCGUGAAUGCUGAUUCGCCCAGUGAUGCCCCAGACGACACCACAAGGUCGUCGAAUCCUCGCCUAACUAUCUCGACUCCUUCCCCUAAAUCCUAUGCUGAGUUCUGGGACAAGAUGAGUUCUCUGGAGUCUCCAAGUCUCGCUUUGCUUCGCAAGGCUCGGGGGUUGGAUUCCCUUGAUACUGAGAACACAAGUCGCAGAAAUGAAGCACGGGCCACCCGUCCUCGCCCUCCAUCACCUUGGACAUCCUUGGGGUUCCCGCUGAUGGGGUACGAUAAAUUUCCACCUGAAGCGCCAUCCGCGUCACGCCCCAAUGACACCAGGCCUUCACCACCUGCUCUGAAGACACCCCCCUUUGUCCUAUCUCAUACGCAUGACCAUUCAAGCACAAAUGGUCCUUCUCAGUCUGCUGCGCCGACUCGGCCUUCUCCUAGCUCAAACGCAGCGAGAGACAGUAAUUUAUCAAAGAAUCCUACAAUCAAUGGUUUUUCAAACCCUUCUUCUGUGCCAUUUCUAUCGAAGCAGCCCCGUAACUUCGAACGGGUAGACUCCGAGUCCAGGAAAGGGCUUGACAACCCUAGCAUACCCUCUCCACAGUCCGGCAGGAUGCCUGGAAGUUCACUCAAGGAUGAUUCGAUUCCCCAUGAUUCGCGGGCGACCGAUGCGUCUCCCGGGGAUCUUCCUGUUCCUCCGACGGCGUCCACAAUCAAUUCUUCUGAGCCCACAUCCUCACAGAGGGUUGGUGCAAUCCCCACAUUUGACUUCGGAAUUGAUAAUGCUCAUGCCCAUGACUAUGAAAUGAGGGAUAUUGCAGGUGCCACUAAGGUCGGUUGGGAUAGCAUAUUGACACAACCCCUCCCCCCAAGCAACUCUAGCGGCUGGUAGUAAGGCACCGUAAUGGCGUCCCCAUAUCUAGUUCGCAUAUACCUGUUGGACCUCAUUUCGUAGCUCAACUAUUUCAUGGCUUUCACGACGUUAGUCAUGCUAAUUAACCAGUACACGCAAAUCACUGUAAUUGUGACAUUUUUAUUAGAAUCGCAGCCAUCGGUAUGAUCCUCCAUCACAGCUUUUGCGUUGUCUCGUCUGUCUCUGGGGGGAGCUCGACGAUCUGCUCAUAUCCAUAGUAUUGAGGGAGGUUUAGUUGGUACUUCUUCUCCAGUUCUCUGUAAAAAUACGUUAACCCAUCUGCAUGGCAUUGGAACAUCCAGCAAGUUGGACUCGACGCACCGGCUAACGAAUCUCCCACCCAGAUAGUGCCUCCCCUUAAACCCUUU